AUGAUCUCAGUAAAAGCUGGCUCUGAAUAUUGCCUUAUUCAAAGUUUCUCUGCGUCUAUUACGCUUGUCCUUCUCCCAAAAACUCCUCCUCACAUUCUAGCCUUCGCCGCUCACUCUCGCCUGCAAAAUCUCACGAUGGCUGAACUGCUUCACAAAGCUAUUGGUGCCAUGUCCAUUGAAGAAGAAGAACCGUUGGUCCUCCCCGACAGCCCCCAAUUCACGGUGGUUGACGCCAACGAAACUAGCCUGCUGGGUCGUCUCUUGAACCCUGAUUGUCAAAUCAUGGCUCGUAUGAUUGACUAUAUGCCGACGGCCUGGAGAGUCUACGGACGUGUUCGUGGUAUUGCUCUUUCCAGGGAUCGCUUCCAGUUCAUCUUCCAGCGCGAAGAGGAUCUCCUGACUGUCCUCAAAGAUAGGCCUUGGUCGUACAACCGUUGGGCUAUGGUGCUUGAACGCUGGACUGCUUCUCCUCCGACAGACUUCCUUAGCAAGAUGGAGAUUUGGAUCCGUAUCCGCAACAUCCCAGCCAACCACUUCACUUCUGACACGAUGUACAGACUUGCAUCGGAAGUUGGCAAAGUGGAAGUGAUUGCGUAUGACCCAAAGGUAUCUCAUACGAAGGAGUAUAUCAGAGCUCUGGUCACAUUCGAUGUUGACAAUCCUGCGAAAGCAUCAAGAAAACUGUCAACAAAGAAUGGCAUGGUUAACAUUGAAUUUGAAUAUGAGAAGAUUCAUAAGCGAUGUCACCAUUGCCUUCGUCUCACACAUGAGAAACCGAAGUGUCCUUAUCGGAAAGCGGUGGGGCAACCAAAGAGUACGGAGACUUCCGUGCCUGUCAAGGCUCGUUCACAUGAUAUGGAGAGGGUGCCUCCACGAGCUCAAACCCUUCUGAUAGAGGGACCAUCGUCUCAGAAUGUGGUAUUGGAAGGUCCUCCUGGUUUCCCUCCUCUGUUCCCUGAGUUAUCAAAGGAAGAGCAGAAGAUGGCAAUGUUAUAUAUCUCACACUCUGAUGCCACUGAGAGACUGGCCCGCAUCCAAAGAGUAAAACAGGGCAUUGCAGAUAAUGCUAAGGAAUCUUCACUGCGCCUAAUAAGGAUUACCAAUGAACUGGAUAAGGGGAAGGGCCAUGUGUUUCAUUACCCUGACAAUCCUGUUAUACCCCAUGACAGAGAAGGAAGCUCGAGGCUCUUGUUGAAAGACGCUGCAUCCGGUGAAGAAGAAGCUGAAUCUUCAGCUACUCUGCCAACCUUUUUCUCUGCUCCUACUAAUAUUUCGACGGGUUUUCAGCUUGGCCCUUCUUCGGAAGGGCGAGUCUCCGGAAAAUUAAAUGUAGGCAGAACGCAGAGGAAGAGGCCCUCGUCAUGGAAGAGGAGGUCAACGCCUGCUCCUCAGAAGGCGUUAGCUCCAAUCCCUGCUGUAGAACCUUCUGUUCCCGCAGUCUCCAGUUCGAAGAGGAAACAGAACUCCUCUGCUUCGUUCUCAGACAACAAAGCUCCAAAACACACAGACUCUUCGGUGGCUUCCGUAUUGAAGCCGCUGCUUCCCCAAUGA